UGGAGUACAAUUUUCCACAGAUAGAGAUAUCUUAAAACCCAAUCCAUUUCCAAUGCAAAAGCAGUACCAAAAUUGCGUAAAUCCCACUUGAUUGCUCUGCACCUUCCUACUCUCUCUCUCAUGCCUUCAGUUCUAAGUAUGAAAUUUCACUAGCUUUCUCAAAAUUUUUCGACUCAAUCAUCAUAUAAACUUAUAUCACAUCUCAUUCCUCACCUAUCUGAAUCAUUUGAGCCAUCACAACACUUUGAUGUUUCAUUGAUAACAAACUGAUUGUGUAAUUAACACAAUUCAUGCAUAACAAAUCGCCAAUGGGACGCCAAUCGUGCUGUGUUGUGAAGCCCAAGUUAAGGAAAGGUUUGUGGUCACCGGAAGAAGAUGAAAAACUGUUCAAUUACAUUACUAGAUUUGGUGUUGGGUGUUGGAGCACAGUUCCUAAACUAGCAGGUUUUGUUUUUCUGAUUCGUGCAGGUUUGCAGAGGUGUGGAAAGAGCUGUAGACUGAGAUGGAUAAACUACUUGAGGCCUGACCUCAAGAGAGGAAUGUUUUCACAACAAGAGGAGGAUCUCAUAAUUAGUCUACAUGAAGCUCUGGGCAAUAGGUGGGCUCAAAUUGCAGCACAAUUACCAGGAAGAACAGACAAUGAAGUGAAGAACUUUUGGAACUCUUGUUUGAAGAAGAAGCUAAUGAAGCAAGGCAUUGAUCCGAACACCCACAAGGCGCUAAUAAGCGAGACAGAGUUGAUCAAAGAUGCCAAGAAUUGUUCAGAAAAACAUUCAUCAUUGGCAAAUGUAUCGGCCUCAACUGAAGCCAAUCAAGCAUUUCCAGUUGACAGUACAAGUUACUAUGAUGGUGGACUUAUCACAGAUACUACAAGAAAUCAAUUUGGAACCAAACCAAUCUUCGAUCCUCUUUUCUUGUCUGAAUUUCAAGUGAGUACUGAUCCAAUUGUGUACAAUUCGAAUCUUUUGACACAAUAUCAGCAAAAUAUGGAUUUGAAUCCAAACUUUGGAUUCUCUGCAAUGCCCAAUUUAGCUAAUUUUGAUCACGGAAACAUGUCUGAGAUGGAUUUUUCUGAUAAUUCUGCUUCGCAAAUGAGUUCUUUCUUGUUCAACGACGUGAAAGAAAGUUCAAGCAAUAGUUCAAAUGUCAAUAGCCACACUGGCUUCCAAAUCAACAACAUGGUGGAAAAUUCAGCAUUUUCAUGGGGCGUCGAAAACAAGUUAGGACCCGUUUUUCAGUGCCAAAUCAAUGGGAGCAAAUCUGAAGAAAUGAAGCCGAGUCCAUGGCCAGAAAGUUUCGGUAGCUAUCCAUUGAUGUCACCAUCAGAAGAUCUAGCCGGGGCAAGCAUGGAUAUUUUCCAGCAGAUAUAAUCUGUAAAUUUUCAUUUUUCUUUCACUUUCUCUACAAACAAACACACAUGCACAGAUGUUGAUAGUACAGGAAAAACUCCUACAGAAGGGUUGAGGUGAGCAAUUUAAUUUUCCCCUUUUUCUUUUGUUUUUUCUGUGUUAAUAAAGUGAAAUUUUGUAAUCUUUUUGUAUUUCACUCAAGUGUAUUUGUUUCAAGAAUUGAAUUAAUCAAUGUUUUCUGUAAUUGUAUUGAGUGAAACUAAUUUUGUGGUUCAAAACUGUCCACUGA